CGAGAUCUCCCCAUUGGUUGUUUACCCGGAGAAAUCUACAUGUUUAAGGGGGAUGGUGCAUCCAUAAUCAGUCUGUCCCUAUAGGACUUGGGUCUUGGCGACCUUUUUGUGACCUCUCCCGCCAGAGGAGGCUCCUGUCACUUUAAAAAUUUACUGAAAGAGGAGCCGUCUGGCUUCCGAUCACUCUGGGCUGCUGGAGAUAGCUCCCUUUCUCCCUCGCCCCGGGUUCUUUCUGGAUGGCCGAGCAGAUCCUCUUUAAAGAGACAGUUCAUGAAAUAGAAACCGGGCGGCUGAGCUUGGAGUUGCGAAAGGGGACGAUCCCGUGAGGGUCUAGGACCGGGGAAGGCGCUGCUGAGGAUCUGAAAGGGGGUUAGCACUCCCCUCGCUUCCCUAGGCCCCCCACCUUUUCAAACUCUCCUCCUCCUGCCUGUCCCCCCAACCCCCCCACCCCCUACCUUGGAACUGUGAGAGAGAAGAGAAGUGGAAGAAGUUUUAGUGGGUUUCAGAUAACUUUCAUUACACAUCGGGCUGAUAAGAGCAAGAGAAAGUGAGAAAAGAGGGAGGUGAUGUGAACCAGAAGGAAUAGCUCCGAGCUCAUUUAGGAGAGGGAAAAAAACCAAAACACACCAAACCCGGGUGACCCAGACAAGAGGAGACUUCAUUUCUGAUCUUAAAAAUAUAUUGUUGGAGGACAAUAAAUCUGAAACCCGUGGUACCGGAGAGCAGAGCCUAGAGACGGACAAAGUUAUCAGAGAUCCAUUGGAAGUCGAGACGCGAGGCUUUUUUUACAUCUCGAAAUGUUGCUCGGGAUCGUUUGAAAGGAUUUUCGUGCAGGAAAGCUGGGGGCUGCUGAGUCUUUAUUUUGUCUGUUUUAAUUCUUCCGUGAUUGUCUUUUAUCGCUGAGUUGAGGCCAUAGAAAUACUAAGAUCUUAGAUGAGUUUUGCAAUGUGAAGUUCUGCAUUGAUGCCAGUCAGCCAGAUGUAGGAAGCUGGCUCAAGUUCAUCAGGUUUGCUGGCUGUUAUGAUCAGCACAACCUUGUUGCAUGCCAGAUAAAUGAUCAGAUAUUCUACAGAGUAGUCGUAGACAUUGCACCUGGAGAGGAGCUCCUACUGUUCAUGAAGAGUGAAGACUAUCCCCAUGAAACAAUGGCGCCGGAUAUCCAUGAAGAACGGCAAUAUCGCUGCGAGGACUGUGACCAGCUCUUUGAAUCCAAAGCUGAGCUAGCAGACCACCAAAAGUUCCCGUGUAGUACUCCUCACUCUGCCUUUUCAAUGGUAGAAGAGGACUUUCAACAGAAACUUGAAAGUGAGAAUGAUCUCCGAGAGAUACACACCAUCCAGGAGUGUAAGGAAUGUGACCAAGUUUUUCCCGAUUUGCAAAGCCUGGAGAAACACAUGUUGUCACAUACUGAAGAGAGGGAAUACAAGUGUGAUCAGUGUCCCAAGGCGUUUAACUGGAAGUCCAACUUAAUUCGCCACCAGAUGUCACAUGACAGUGGAAAGCACUAUGAAUGUGAAAACUGUGCCAAGCAGGUUUUCACGGACCCUAGCAACCUUCAGCGACACAUUCGCUCUCAGCAUGUCGGUGCCCGGGCCCACGCUUGCCCGGAGUGUGGCAAAACUUUUGCCACUUCAUCAGGCCUCAAACAACACAAGCACAUCCACAGCAGUGUGAAACCUUUUAUCUGUGAGGUCUGCCAUAAAUCCUAUACUCAGUUUUCAAACCUUUGUCGUCAUAAGCGCAUGCAUGCUGAUUGCAGAACCCAAAUCAAGUGCAAAGACUGUGGACAAAUGUUCAGCACUACGUCUUCCUUAAAUAAACACAGGAGGUUUUGUGAGGGCAAGAACCAUUUUGCGGCAGGUGGAUUUUUUGGCCAAGGCAUUUCACUUCCUGGAACCCCAGCUAUGGAUAAAACGUCCAUGGUUAAUAUGAGUCAUGCCAACCCGGGCCUUGCUGACUAUUUUGGUGCCAAUAGGCAUCCUGCUGGUCUUACCUUUCCAACAGCUCCUGGAUUUUCUUUUAGCUUCCCUGGUCUGUUUCCUUCCGGCUUGUACCACAGGCCUCCUUUGAUACCUGCUAGUUCUCCUGUUAAAGGACUAUCAAGUACUGAACAGACAAACAAAAGUCAAAGUCCCCUCAUGACACAUCCUCAGAUACUGCCAGCUACACAGGAUAUUUUGAAGGCACUAUCUAAACACCCACCUAUAGGGGACAAUAAGCCAGUGGAGCUCCAGCCCGAGAGGUCCUCUGAAGAGAGGCCCCUUGAGAAAAUCAGUGACCAGUCAGAGAGUAGUGACCUUGAUGAUGUCAGUACACCAAGUGGCAGUGACCUGGAAACAACCUCGGGCUCUGAUCUGGAAAGUGACAUUGAAAGUGAUAAAGAAAAAUUUAAAGAAAAUGGUAAAAUGUUCAAAGACAAAGUAAGCCCUCUUCAGAAUCUGGCUUCAAUAAAUAAUAAGAAAGAAUACAGCAAUCAUUCCAUUUUUUCACCAUCUUUAGAGGAGCAAACUGCCGUGUCAGGAGCUGUCAAUGAUUCUAUAAAGGCUAUUGCUUCUAUUGCUGAAAAAUACUUUGGUUCAACAGGACUGGUGGGGCUGCAAGACAAAAAAGUUGGAGCUUUACCUUACCCUUCCAUGUUUCCCCUCCCAUUUUUUCCAGCAUUCUCUCAAUCAAUGUACCCAUUUCCUGAUAGAGACUUGAGAUCGUUACCUUUGAAAAUGGAACCCCAGUCACCAAGUGAAGUAAAGAAACUGCAUAAGGGAAGCUCUGAGUCUCCCUUUGAUCUCACCACUAAGCGAAAGGACGAGAAGUCCUUGACUCCAGUGCCCUCCAAGCCUCCACUGACACCCACCACAAGCCAAGACCAGCCCCUGGAUCUAAGCAUGGGCAGUAGGAGUAGAGCCAGUGGGACCAAGCUGACCGAGCCUCGAAAGAACCACGUGUUUGGGGAAAAGAAAGGCGGCCACGUCGACCCCAGACCAGCGUCAGAUGGUUCCUUGCAGCAUGCUAGACCCACUCCUUUCUUUAUGGACCCUAUUUACAGAGUAGAGAAAAGAAAGCUAACUGACCCACUUGAAGCUUUAAAAGAGAAAUACUUGAGACCUUCUCCUGGAUUCUUGUUUCACCCUCAAUUCCAACUGCCUGAUCAGAGAACUUGGAUGUCAGCUAUUGAAAACAUGGCGGAGAAACUGGAGAGCUUCAGUGCCCUGAAACCUGAGGCUAGUGAGCUUCUACAGUCAGUCCCCUCCAUGUUCAACUUCAGAGCGCCUCCCAGUGCCCUGCCAGAGAACCUCCUGCGGAAGGGAAAGGAACGCUAUACCUGCAGAUACUGUGGCAAGAUAUUUCCGAGAUCUGCAAACCUAACACGGCACUUGAGAACCCACACAGGAGAGCAGCCUUACAGAUGCAAAUACUGUGACAGAUCAUUUAGCAUAUCUUCUAACUUGCAGCGGCAUGUUCGGAACAUCCACAAUAAGGAGAAGCCAUUUAAGUGUCACCUGUGUGAUAGGUGUUUUGGUCAACAAACCAACCUAGACAGACACCUAAAGAAACAUGAGAAUGGGAACAUGUCUGGUACAGCAACAUCAUCGCCUCAUUCUGAACUGGAAAGUACAGGUGCAAUUCUCGACGACAAAGAAGAUGCUUACUUCACAGAAAUCCGAAAUUUCAUUGGAAAUAGCAACCACAGCAGCCAGUCACCCAGGAACAUAGAAGAGAGAAUGAAUGGCAGUCACUUUAAGGAUGAAAAGGCUUUGGUGACCAGUCAAAAUUCAGACUUACUGGAUGAUGAAGAAGUAGAAGAUGAGGUGUUGUUAGAUGAGGAAGAUGAAGACAAUGAUAUUACUGGAAAAACGGGAAAGGAACCAGUGACAAGUAAUUUACAUGAAGGAAACCCUGAUGAUGAUUAUGAAGAAACCAGCAUCCUGGAGAUGAGUUGCAAGACCUCCCCUAUGAGGUAUAAAGAGGAAGAAUAUAAAACUGGACUUUCUGCUCUAGAUCAUAUAAGGCAUUUCACCGAUAGCCUCAAAAUGAGGAAAAUAGAAGAUAAUCAAUAUGCUGAGGCUGAGCUGUCUUCUUUCAGUACUUCCCACAUGCCGGAGGAACUGAAGCAGCCGCUGCAGAGAAAGUCCAAAUCACAGGCGUAUGCUAUGAUGUUGUCAUUGUCCGACAAGGAGUCCCUCCAUUCUACAUCCCACAGUUCUUCCAACGUGUGGCACAGUAUGGCCAGGGCUGCAGCGGAAUCCAGUGCCAUCCAGUCCAUAAGCCACGUAUGA